AUGCAAAGGUACUGCUGUAGACCAACUUCGUAAUAUCCAACUUCAGUCAUCCGCUGCAAUUCAAUUCUAAACGGCAAGGAAGUUCAAUCGUCUAACUUCAGAUUGUUUUUAAUAAAAGGGACUACUAUUGUUUUUUUAAGUUAGGGAAUGGGCACUUUGCGCAGUUGCGCACAUCAUACAGCUCCGAAUGAAUCACUGGACGCCAGGAAAGAAUCCUGAUUGAAAGUUGCAGUACCUGUGUACGCGUGCUGAGUUUGUUUGACAUCCUUUCUCUUGUGCACCCAGUCUGGCCGUAACCAGCUCGCUACCCUGUAUCGGCUGCACAACCUGAAAGACCAGUUUCUAGAGCAAGACCUACUGAACAUGGCUCAGGACAAGCGCCUGGUGGUGGUGGUGCCCAACGAAAUGUCCGGCCCGGCCCGGAGGUCCUUCAGUAGCGAGGACGAGGCGUGGAAGACCUACCUGGAGAACCCUUUGACCGCUGCCACCAAGGCCAUGAUGAGCAUCAACGGGGACGAGGACAGCGCCGCCGCCCUGGGCCUGCUCUAUGAUUACUAUAAGAUCCCCAGAGAUAAGCGACUGCUGACCAGCUACAAAGCCUCCGACACGGCCCAGCCUGACACCCAGGCUGACGUGGACCCGGCUCACAACCACGUUCAGCUGCUGAAGUCCGGCCCCGUGAACCUGUCCCUCAACAUACAGCAGCUGGAAGGUACUGGCCGGCGGGGCCCGGGGUUCGGAGGGGCUCCGGUGGAGGGAGUGGCCGGAGGGGGGGUUGUGGUGAAGACCGAAGCCAAGGCGUCAUGUUACCUGGCCGUCGGAGGUCCGGAGUCUCCCAGCGGGUCGUACAGGGGACACGCAGAUCAGCAGCUCCAACACGUCCAUGUGGUCUACGAGCAGAACCGCCCUCCCUAUGACCAGCGAUCCCCGGUUGCCUACGUUGGCCAGGACAGUCCCAUCAUCCACGGGGGAGUCUACCUGAAGGACCGGCCGAGUCAGAGAGAUUCUCCAGACAGCACUUAUGAUGACUCCUACCCAGAGGAACCGGGGAGAUACAGGCCGUCGCCUUCUGUAGGAGGGGAGGAGUUCCUAAGCCAGCCAGUUGACACUUUCCAGUAUUUUCUGGAGGCGCCCAGGUCAGUCCGUCAGAAGCAGGGGGAGGGGCCUAUGACCUACUUGAACAAGGGACAGUUCUACGCCGUGACGCUCAGCGAGAUGGGUGUGGCCAACAAGGGCCUGCGCCAUCCAAUCAGCAAAGUGCGGAGUGUGGUGAUGGUGGUAUUCAGUGAGGACAAGGACAGAGACGAGCAGCUGAGGCACUGGAAGUACUGGCACUCCCGGCAGCACACCGCCAAGCAGAGAGUCCUGGACAUCGCUGACUACAAAGAGAGCUUCAACACCAUUGGAAACAUUGAGGAGAUUGCCUACAACGCUGUCUCUUUUACCUGGGAUGUGAAUGAGGAGGCCAAGGUGUUCAUCACAGUGAACUGUCUGAGUACAGACUUUUCCUGUCAGAAAGGGGUGAAGGGAAUGCCUCUAAUGAUCCAGAUAGACACCUACAGCUACAAUAACCGCUCCAACACACCCAUCCACAGGGGCUACUCUCAGAUUAAGGUCUUCUGUGAUAAGGGAGCAGAACGGAAAAUCCGUGACGAGGAGAGGAAGCAGCUUCGUAAGAAGCCCAAAGUGAAGGACUGCAGCCUGUCGGUGCUGAACAGGAAGCCAGAGGCAACAUGUUUCAAGGCGCUCGCUAACCUGACCUCCCAGCCGGUCCUGUUCAUCCCGGACAUCCACUUUGGACACCUGCAGAGGACUGGACAGGUGAUCGCCUUCCACGCGGAGCCUGAGAAGGAAAGGGGCGUCGUGACAAAGAGGAGGCCACAACCUCCAGAGGAAGACAUCUGUGUGCCUUCUGCCAAGCACUUCAAACCAGACACCCAGAAAAGAGUGCUCCUGUACGUGAGGCAGGAGUCGGAGGAGGUGUUUGACGCCCUGAUGUUGAAGUCGCCCACCCUCACGGCCUUGAUGGAGGCAAUCUCAGAGAAAUACGCAGUGCCCUGUGACAAGAUGACCAAAGUGUACAAAAAGAGCAAAAAAGGGAUUCUGGUUAACAUGGAUGACAAUAUCAUCGAGCAUUACUCCAACGAGGACACCUUCACCCUGGCCAUCGAGAGGUCGGCGGACUGCUUCCGGGUCACCCUGGCGGAGAUCUGACCAGUUGGAGGAGGAGCUCCGGACCGACUUAAACCACUCAGGCUGGACACUCCAGACGAUGGAUCACAGCGUUGUUAGUACCUACCUGUUCAAACAAUAUGAUCUCAAUGAAACCCCCUGUCUGUGGCAACCUUAUGUCUCCCCCUGCUGGUAGAGAAUGGGAUGAGAAGGCCAUGAGGCAUCUAGGUACCUCUGUGCAUCUUCCAAUUGGAGGAAACAAUACAAGACCCUUUCUUACCUCCCUGUUGUCACUCCUACCUCCCUGUUGUCACUCCUUUAAAUGGUUUCCUCCUUUACUGUAUCACUGAACAUGACCCUGAGCCACAGCUCCAGCCUGGCCCUCUAAGGCGGAGUGGAGACACCGGACAGCUCAAAGGUGUCCAAAAUUAUACCCUGUUCCCUGUGGGCCCUGGUUAACAGUAGUGCACUUUACAGGGAACGGGGUGCCAUUUGGAACGCAACUUCAAAAUGUAUGUUAUGAACAGCAGGUGCCCUCAACAGCUGAACUGGUCCGGAAGCAUUUGUGGAGAAGGAUGGAUGACUGUGCAAGCUGUAGACCGUGUAAUGUACACUGCUCAGAGAAAUUAAGGGAACAUGUAAAUCACACACCGGUUAUUGAUGAACUAAAUAUGUUAAACUUCAAAUGUACAUUGUGUAGUUCGUUUGAGAACAAAAUGAGGUUCCAACGGUCAGUGGAGACUAAAAUCACUGGCCAAUUGAGGGCUGGAUUUAAAAAAAACUAAGUCAACAUUUGAAAGCACAGGCUGCUCCAACUUGUGUGAAUUCAAUCACGGCAACUCAUAAUGUGACUCAGUAGUGUGUAUAGCCCCCACGUGCCUGUAUUCAGUCCCGACAACAUCUGGGCAUGCUCCUGAUGAGAUGGUGGAUGGGGUCCUGGGGGAUGGGGUCCUGGGUCAGGGCAUCAGUGAGCUCCUGGACAGUCUGUGGUGCUACUAGGCGGCGUCGGAUCCACCGAUACAUAACGUCCCAGAGGUUCUCAAUUGGAUUCAGGUCUGGGAAACAUGAGGGCCAGUCAAUGGCAUCAAUGCCUUCAUCCUCCAGGAACUGCCCACACACACUGGUCACAUGAGGCCAGGCAUUGUCCCGCACCAGGAGGAACCCAGGGCCCACUGAACCAGUUUAAGGUCUGAGGGUGGGUUAGAGGAUUUCAUCCCGGUACCUAACAGCAGUCAGGGUACUGUUGGCUAGCCUCCCCAGACCAUCACUGACCCACCACC